AGUGCCGAAUCGCGCGGACGCGUCGCACUCGCCCCGCUAAGCCAAAACGAGACACAAAUACGUGACCGAUAACGCUAGAGAAGGACAACACACCCGUUUUCAACAGGUCGCCAGUAAGGAAGAAUUAUGUGCUACUUCAGCAUAAUAGUGAUAAUAUUUGACUGUCGCGGCCUGUGAACCGUUCGAAAUGGUGGUAGCUGCGCAAUUGCUACUUGUACUUUCCUGUGGACUGGUUUCAGUGGCAAGUAUGGAAGCCGUAUGGGUGGAGCUGAGAGCGCCGCGUUUCGUCGUUCAUGGCCACAGCGCUGUGCUUCGCUGCGACCAUAAUGUCGACCCGGAAACUUUAUACAAGGUGGUGUUUUUUAAGAGUGGGCAACGGAUCAUGCAGCAUGUUCAAGGCAGAGAUCCGCCAUUUGAGCUAUACAACUUUACAGGCGCCGACAUAAACUUGCCCAAAAUGACUCCGACCUCAAUAACAUUGGAAAGGAUGGAUUUCGCGGCGUCCGGACCCUAUGCCUGCGAAAUAGCUCUGGAAAUACCACUGUACUCGAAAGCGUCCAAAAUACACGAAAUUAGCGUUAUUGUUCGACAGAAAUUCCGUCCAAGAAUAAAGAUAAAGCAUAAAAAGCUGUCAUCUAACGAGGACCUGGAAGCUUCGUGCCAGAGCGCCCCCGCACACCCCGCCCCACAUCUCACCUGGCUCAUCAAUAAUGUUAAGGUGGAUGAAAGGAUGACAAUACCCCAUGGCACGGUGAACGUCCACCGUCUCCACCACGGCCAGCCGCUGUCGCUCACAAACUCGUCGCUGCGUUUCCCCCUGUCGAGCCUGCAGCUCUCUCCGAACCAGACAGUCUACAUCACCUGCCUGAGCACAAUACCCAGCUAUGCAAGCUUAACUGAGGGCUUCGCUGAUGUCCAGAACCAUACAGUCCCUGUGAGCGUGGUUCGUAUGGUACCGGUUCCAACGCAGCUCCCAGUAAAAGUUAUAAGUGUCGAUCAAAAUCGAUCUAGCUAUUUAGUUAUAAACUAUAAUAGUUUUUCUAUAUUAGUCGUUGUUACAAUUUUGAAUUUGAUAGAAAAAUUAAAAAUGUAA